UCCAUUUUAUCAUUUAUAUUAGAUAUGUUGUACAGUGGAUUGUAUAGAAAUUGGUAAGGCAUUUUCUGGGUUUCUAUGUUUAUGGCGAUGAUGAAGAAGAAAGGCGACCGUCUGGUCUUCGCCUACUACGUAACUGGUCAUGGCUUCGGCCACGCUACUCGCGUUGUCGAGGUUGUUCGUCAUCUCAUUGUAGCCGGGCACGAUGUUCAUGUGGUUACUGCUGCCCCUGACUUUGUUUUUACAUCAGAGAUACAGUCACCUAGACUUUUCAUCCGCAAGGUAUUGUUGGACUGUGGAGCUGUUCAAGCAGAUGCUCUUACAGUUGACCCUCUUGCCUCCUUGGAAAUGUAUUCCAAAACUGCUGUAUUACCUCGGGCCUCUAUUUUGGCAACAGAAGCUGAGUGGCUGAAGUCUAUCGAGGCGGACUUAGUGGUCUCAGAUGUUGUUCCUGUUGUGUGCCAAGCAGCUGCAAAUGCUGGAAUUAGCUCUGUUUGUGUCAGCAACUUCAGUUGGGACUUUAUUUAUGCAGAGUAUGUGAUGGCUGCUGGAUAUGACCACCGUUCAAUUGUUUGGCAGAUUGCUCAGGAUUAUUCUCAUUGCAAGUUCCUAAUUCGUCUCCCAGGAUACUGUCCAAUGCCUGCUUUUCGUGAUGUUAUUGAUGUACCACUUGUUGUAAGGAGGUUGCAUAAAUCUAGAGCUGAGGUCAGGAAAGAGCUUGGAAUUGCAGAUGGUGUAAAGCUAGUUAUUUUCAACUUUGGUGGCCAGCCAGCUGGUUGGAAUUUAAAAAAGGAGUAUCUACCUGCAGGUUGGCUCUGUUUGGUCUGUGGUGCUUCUGAAAAUCAGGAGCUUCCCCCAAAUUUCAGAAAACUCGCAAAAGAUGCUUAUACACCUGAUGUUAUAGCUGCUUCAGACUGCAUGCUGGGAAAAAUUGGAUAUGGGACAUUUAGUGAAGCUCUAGCAUAUAAGUUACCAUUUGUCUUUGUACGCAGAGAUUAUUUUAAUGAAGAACCAUUUUUAAGAAAUAUGCUCGAGUACUACCAAGGUGGAAUUGAGAUGAUUAGGAGAGACUUUCUCACUGGACGUUGGAUACCAUAUCUUGAACGUGCUAUUAGUUUGAAACCAUGCUAUCAGGGAGGCAGCAAUGGUGGUGAGGUUGCUGCUUGCAUACUGCAGGAUACAGCUGUUGGAAAACAUUAUGCUUCUGAUAAGUUUAGUGGAGCAAGGAGACUGCAAGACGCAAUUGUGCUUGGGUAUCAAUUACAAAGAGCUGUUGGUAAAGAUAUUUGCAUCCCAUACUGGUAUAGCCUUGCAGCAAAUGAGCUUAGUCUUCAUACUGCAUUGCCAACUAUUGAAACAACCAAAACAACCUCCAUAACAGAAGUAUGCACAGAAGACUUUGAAAUUCUUCAUGGAGAUAUUCGUGGUCUUUCAGAUACUGCUAGUUUCUUAAAAAGCUUGGCAAGAUUAGAUGCUUCAUAUGACUCAGGGAAGAACACUAAGUGCCAAAUGCGGGAACGUGUGGCUGCUGCUGCAUUAUUUAACUGGGAGGAGGAAAUCUUUGUAGCAAGAGCGCCUGGGAGAUUAGAUGUAAUGGGAGGGAUUGCAGACUAUUCAGGAAGCCUUGUUUUGCAGAUGCCUAUCAGAGAAGCAUGCCAUGUUGCAGUACAGAAAAAUGAUCCAAGCAAGCAGAAGCUAUGGAAACAUGUCCAGGCUAGGCAGCAUAUUGAUGGACAAGGACCAAAGCCCAUUCUUCAAAUUGUAUCAUUUGGGUCUGAAUUGAGUAAUCGUGGACCAACAUUUGACAUGGAUUUAUCUGAUUUUCUGCAAGGCGAGCAACCAAUAUCAUAUAAGAAGGCAAAGGAGUACUUUGCUCAAGAUCCAGCCCAGAAAUGGGCCGCAUAUGUCGCAGGGACAAUUCUGGUGUUAAUGAGAGAGUUGGGUGUUCGUUUUGAAAACAGUAUUAGUAUUGUGGUUUCUUCUGCAGUUCCAGAAGGCAAAGGUGUAUCUUCUUCUGCUGCAGUAGAGGUUGCUAGCAUGUCUGCUAUUGCUGCCUCUCAUGGGUUAAACAUUGCCCCAAGAGACCUUGCUUUACUUUGUCAAAAGGUGGAGAAUCACAUUGUUGGAGCUCCAUGUGGGGUGAUGGACCAGAUGGCUUCUGUGUGUGGUGAAGCAAACAAGCUUCUCGCAAUGGUGUGCCAGCCUGCUGAGGUGCUGGGACUCGUGGAAAUCCCUUCACAUAUCCAAUUUUGGGGAAUUGAUUCCGGAAUACGACACAGUGUGGGUGGUGCAGAUUAUGGAUCAGUGAGAAUUGGUACAUUUCUGGGUAGAAAGAUGAUAAAGUCGAUGGCAUCUGAAAUAUCGUCAUACUCACUAGCAAAUGGUAACUCUGACCGGCAAGUUUGUGCAAUGAACUCUGAUGAAAUGGAAAAGGAUGGUAGAGAACUGCUUGAAGUGGAAGCUUCAUUAGAUUACUUAUGCAACCUCUCACCUCACAGAUAUGAAGCUGUUUAUGCCAAAAAGCUUCCAGAGUAUAUUACUGGAGAGGCUUUCAUGGAAAAGUAUGUUGAUCAUGAAGAUUCAGUUACAGUAAUUGAUCAGAAGCGCAAUUAUGCAGUUAGAGCAUCCACUAGGCAUCCUGUUUAUGAGAACUUCCGUGUCAAGGCUUUCAAAGCAUUGUUAAGUGCUACUACUUCAGAUGAGCAACUUUAUGCUCUUGGGGAGUUGAUGUAUCAGUGUCAUUACAGCUAUAGUGCUUGUGGGCUUGGUUCUGAUGGGACAGAUAGGUUAGUAAAAUUGGUACAGGAGAUGCAACAUAGUAAAUCAUAUAGAUCUGGAAAUGGGUCUCUCUAUGGGGCAAAGAUUACUGGAGGUGGUAGUGGUGGAACAGUUUGUGUGAUAGGGAGCAAUUGUUUAAGGAGCAGUCAACAACUUCUUGAGAUUCAGCAAAGAUACAAAGAUGCCACAGGCUUUAUGCCAUUCAUUUUUGAGGGCUCUUCACCAGGUGCUGCAAAGUUUGGAUAUCUGAAAAUUCGUCGCCGCUCUCCUGCCAACCCAAUUUAAUUUCUUUACUUUGGUAGAACAAGAAUAAGUACAUUUAUAUCUCUCAUUCUUGUAAUAGGCAUCUAUCUGUCUGUGGACAGUGCUACUAAAUCCCUCUUGGGAACACCUUAACAACUACACAUAAUAACUCAAGAAAUCCCUCUUGAGAACACCUUAGCUUUGAUUUUGGAACUUCUUUGAUCCAAUAAAACGAUUUAGGGAUAAACUUGUAUCCUGUGUAUCACUUACUGUUGACAACCUUUUGAUCCAGCUCCUUGGUACCUGUCUUUGGAAAAGAAGGUACAAGGUUACAUAGUUGCAAUUGGGAUUAUUUGUAUGUGCUCUUUAUAUGAACAAUAGUGUUG